AUCGGACGGCAUUCCUCCGACAAGCAAAUGCAACUCAAGCCUCCCAGCGACACGAACGCUCCCGUAGCGGGCACCUCGAGCGAGCAACAAACCGUUCCGAAGUCGGCAGAGGCAAACGUGCCUAAGAUGGAAAACACCAUGUUGACAGCGGAGAACGAGAAGUUGAAAGCGGAGCUGGAAGGCGUCAAGCAAGAGCUGCGUACGGCAAAGAUCAAGGUGGAAAUGGAGGAGAAGGCAAGGGAGCAAGAAGCCGAAAAGCUGCAAAAGGCAAACGAGAGCCUCGAGGCUGCCCAGAGAAAGAUUGCUUCGAUGAAAGAAGCCAACACCGACAUGGUUUUGGCCUUCCAUACCACUGGACACCAGCUGCACAAGGCGACUGAGGAGGCCAUUUCUGCUCAACAUGCACGGGAUGCUCUCCAAAAGGAGCUCGAGGGCAUUAAAUAUGUACGGGCCGCCCUCGAAUCGGAGCUCGGGGCCAAGGAGCGUGAGUUGUGCAAGAGCCGGGCAGAAAUGUCUCUUCAGGGCGAAUGCCUCGAAACCACCAAGCAGCGAUUGCUAGCGGUGGAAAACAUGCUGCACAAUUCCCGGAAAACGAGUACCACUGUGGCUUCGGAACUUGAGGUCACCAAGCAGAUACUUCAAGACGCAAACAAUGAGAUUGGUGCUCGCGCAUCUGCACAGGCUGCUCUACAGACAGAGCUCGAGGACACGAAGCACAAGCUGCACUUGGCAAUGAAGGAGAAUGCGUCCAACGAAACGGAGAGGACGCUUCUGAAUUCAUCGCUCGCGAUGACCAAGCUGCAUUUGAGCAGGGUGGAUGCUGCACUUGCUGCUUGUAUGUCAGAGAACAAUGUCCUGAAAGGUUUUGUUUCGGGUCAGUCCACCACCACUGAAACCGCAGUCUCCCAGAUUGUCGACAAGAUUGCUGCCCUCGACCACUCUAUCAGAGGAAGAUUAUCUGCUGUCGAGAACUCAGUCAUCUCUACCCUGGGCGAGCUGCACAACGGAGUUCAGAGCAACGUGGAGCUGGUAGAGGGGCUCAAGCUUCAGUUGAGCGAAGCAAAGCUGCCGGCUGGUGUUCUUGAGGCCACCACGGCUGAAGAGAGCUCCACGGAGAUUAUAGAUGAAGAAACAUCCAUGCCAGAAUCUCUCAAGCUGCGCUUGCAACAGGUAGUAGAGGAGACCACGCAAGCGGGUAGCAUCGCUGAAGAUCCCGAUGCCGCUGAUCCGAAGACCAGUCAUGAGGUCAACGAGAUUUUUGGUGACUAUUUGACCCACGUCGUCGAGAAAAUGGUCAAGGAGGAGAAAGCAGUCCAGGAGGCCAUUCGCAAGGCUAGGGAGAGGAUUAUCAAACACCAAGACUGGUUGUACAGGUUCCGUAAGGUGAUUGGGCAAGAUGAAAGCAUUUUCGAUGAAUUGACGCAUGUUGGGUUGCGUUUCAAGUGUUGGGAGCGGAGCGAAUCUUUGAUCAAGAUUCUUUUCGAAGUGGAAGAGCAGUAUGAUGAUGUUAUAGAUCACUUGGGUACAAUUCUGGAAGAGUGUGACGAGAUGGUGAAGGGCCGUGAAGCUGUGCUGGAGCUAUGA